AUGGGCUUAGAUGAGAGAGUGUCUCUGAUACGACAGCUGGAAAUUUUAGAGGAUGCUAUCGCAGCGAGGUUUCAAAGGAACCCUGCUCUAUAUUACAAUUCGGUGCCGAUGCUGAAGAAACUGACUAUGCAAGCGGAACCCAAGGUAUGUCCGCCACAGGAUCAUGUGACGAAGAAUAAGGUCUACCGUGUUGAGAAAAGUGCUCGAAAAGUCAAGCAAGUGGCAACACAGCAGCACGAAAUCAAACUAUUUUUGCAAGACCGAACAGAUAUCUUGAACAAACUCUCCAGAGCCCAAGAGUCAGGACCCGGAGAGUCACAGUAUAAAAAUCUGGACGAAUUCAAGACUGCGAUUAAUGGGUUAACGGAAAGCAAUAUUCCCAAACGGAGUGGUCUCCAGUCGGAAAAGGACCAAUACGCAAUGUUUUCAAGUUCCAUCGAAAAGCCACCGACGAACAUCCUUUCAGCAAGGGCUUUGGAGUUGGACAUCAACGCCAUAUUCAAUAGAGAGGAGCAGUAUGGUACCUAUAUACAGCUUGAGAAUUAUCAUCCCAUGUGGCUGGAACUGAUGAAGGAACCUAGUGUCACCGUGCUGCAAUAUUUGGAAUCCUUGGAGCGAAUGUUCCUGAACGCUGACGACAAAACUUCUUAUUUGACUAGUCCUCCAAUAGAUCGGGACAACAAGCAGUAUUUGAGAUUUUUGGAGAGGCUGGGAUUGUACCUGAAGACUUACAUUGCCAAAAAAUUCCCAUUAAUUGAUCAGCAUUUGGUGGAAGACUACCUACUUGACCACUUCAAGAAUCGGUACGUGAACAAGCCUGUAUCUACAGACCAAAAUACACAGUUUUGCCCUGUAUGUGAUAAGAGGUACGAGGGAAUGCAGCUUUUCAACGAUCACCUCCUGAAUAAAUUUCAUGCUCAACAGCGUGGGAAAAGACUUCCACUCCUACAGGCAGAAUUCAGAGUAUCGGUGUAUUUGACAGCUUUGUCCAAGGAGUUCAAGGACAGCAAGAAUUUCAUGGAACGGAAACUGGCGUUCACGUACGCCGAACGGCAGGAAGAGUUGCAAAGGUUGACUACCGAGUACGAGGCACCCAACUACAAUCCAGCUUUGGAACACGAAGACAAUCCUGCCGAAACAGACAAGAAUAAAAAUGGCAAAACCCACUCUGAGAAUAAGCAAACCGCGGAGUUGGAGUCCAUGUUCACGAACAUGCCCUUGGGACCUGACGGCAUGCCGAUCCCACUGUGGCUGUACAAACUGCAAGGCCUCGAUGUGAAAUACACAUGCGAGAUCUGUGGGAACGCAGAAUUCAAAGGUCGAAGAGCGUAUCAGAAACACUUCCACGAACCCCUACACGAGUAUCGUUUGAAAUGCCUUGGCAUCACACGGUCAAAGGCAUUCGACGGAAUCGCGCUGAUCGAGGAAGCACAGGAACUGUGGGCAAAGAUCUCGGGCAAAUCUACCUCUGCCCGUGCUGGGUCGGACGACUCAUUAAAACUCGAAAUCGAAGUCGAGGACGAGGACGGGAAUGUCAUGUCGCAGACCGUGUACCAGGACCUGAAGAGGCAGGGCCUCUUGUAA